ACUCUCCCUGCCUGGCCUGCAGGGAGGCUGGCAGCCCCUGCCCGCAGCCCCUGCCCGCGGCAGACGGGAUCUGGCGGGUCCCUCCGGAGCAGCGAGGAGGUGGUGGUGUAACGUGCUGGCCGAGCAAAGGUGUCUGUGCGUCUGCAGACAGAUGCCGUGAACCCCGCCGCCAUGGCGGAGGAGAAGCCACCGCAGCUCGUGGACUAUUUUGUGGUGGCCGGCUUGACCGACUCCUCCAAGGCCUUGGAAGAGGAGAGCCAGCAGCCCCGGCCGGCCCGGCCCAGCGAGCCCAUCACCGACGUGGCCGUGGUCAUCCGCUCGCAGGGCGAGGACGUGCCCCAGGGCUUCACCUGCAUCGAGAACAGCACGUCCGGCCACCCUGCGGACCUGAAUGCCAGCCUCCUCAGCAGCCCCCAGACAUACCUCUGCUACAAGCGGGGCCGCGGCAAGCCGCCCCUCAUCGAGCUGGGGGUGCACUGUGAGGGGAAGGACCGCCUGAAGCCGGGCUACGAGAUCAUCCGCACGACGCCCUACAGCCGCUCUGCCAACCUCAGCUCGGGCGCUGCCAGCCACCAGCGCACCUUCCUCACCUACCGCCGGGCCGCUGAGUCCCAGGGCCACAACACCCUGGGCAUCACCGACAUCUGCCUGGUCGUGCCCAGCAAGGGGGAGAACACGCCUCACACCUUCUGCCGGGUCGACAGGAACCUCAACGCUGGCAUGUGGGGCCCGGCUGUGUUCCUGUGCUACAAGAUGGCCAUGUCCAAAGCCAACACCCUGGUCUACGAAGCAGGUCUCUUGAGCCGCUACCCUGAGCAGGACAGUGAGUCAUUCCCGCUGCCCGACUCAGUGCCCGUCUUCUGCCUGCCCAUGGGGGCCACCAUCGAGAGCUGGCCCGUCAACACCAAGUACCAGCUGCCUGUCUUCUCCACCUUUGUGCUGACUGGGGCGUCAGGGGACAAGGUGUAUGGCGCUGCCAUCCAGUUCCAUGAGGCCUACCCGCGGGAGCGGCUGUCGGAGAAGCAAAGCCUGCGGCUGGGCCUGCUCAGCGUGGUCGACCGGCGCCCCAUCACCAGCAAGUCGGUGCAGACUCGCCGCAGCAUCUGCGUCCUGUCGCACUGGCCCCUCUUCGACGUCUUCCGCAAGUUCCUCAUGUUCAUCUAUCGCUACUCCAUCUCGGGGCCCCACGUGCUGCCCCUGGAGACGCACAUCUCCCACUUCAUGCACAACGUCCCCUUCCCGUCUCCGCAGCGACCGCGCAUCCUAGUGCAGAUGUCUCCCUACGAUAACCUGCUGCUGUGCCAGCCUGUGUCCUCCCCGCUGCCGCUCAGCGGAGCCAGCUUCCUGACCCUGCUGCAGAACCUGGGCCCCGAGAACGCCGUCACGCUGCUGCUGGCCGUGCUGACCGAGCAGAAGCUGCUGAUCCACUCGCUGCGGCCCGAUGUGCUGACCAGCGUGAGCGAGGCGCUCGUCUCCAUGAUCUUCCCGCUGCGUUGGCAGUGCCCCUACAUCCCGCUGUGCCCGCUGACGCUGGCAGACGUGCUGUGCGCCCCCGUGCCCUUCAUCGUCGGCAUCCACUCCAGCUACUUCGACCUGCACGACCCGCCCCGCGACGUCAUCUGUGUCGACCUCGACACCAACACCAUCUUCCUGAGUGAGGAGAGGAAGCUGCUGUCGCCCCGCUCACUGCCCCGCCGGCCCUGCAAGGUGCUGCUGGCUGCGCUGCGUGCCCACUUCCAGCAGCUGGAUGAGAUGUACAACAAGCCGGUGGAGGAGGCGUCACUGGAGUUCCUGCUCACCGACUACGACCUGGUGUACGGGCGGCGCAAGCAGCUGGAGCUGGAGAUCCAGGCCUCCUUCCUGCGCUUCAUGGCCUGCGUGCUGAAGGGGUACCGCUCUUUCCUGCUGCCCAUCACCCAGGCGCCCUGCGACACCACCCACGACUCCAGCAGCCUCUUCUUCCUGCAGGGUUUCCUCAAAUCCCGGGACCGCGCCUACCACAAGUUCUACGGGCAGCUGCUGCGCACGCAGCUCUUCACGCAGUUCAUCCAGGAGUGCUCCUUCGUCAGCGACCGGCACGCCUGCCUGGAGUUCUUCGACACCUGCGUCGAGAAGGUGCAGGUGGAUCUGGAGAAGGCCGAGGACGCGCCCCUGAUGGAGCUGGACGACUCACACGGCAGUGAGCACACAGUCUUCAUCAUGCCCCCCGAAGAGCCCCUGGGCCCCGAUGGCGCCGAGCUGCCCGCGCUCUACUGCUAUGACAGCUUCCCCGUGCUGCGGUCCGAGCUCUUCGAGCGCUCCCAGGACCAGCUGGCGGCUCUGCUGUGCCAGCCCAAGAGCAGCGCCCCCAGCAGCCCCGCACCGCGCAGGACCAAGCAGGAGAUGAAGGUGGCGCAGCGGGUGGCACAGAAGUACUCGUCCAUGCCCGACAUGUGGGCGCGAUGCCUCCUGGGGCACUGCUACGGGCUAUGGUUCAUCUACCUGCCCACCUACGUGCGGGCUGCCCCCUCCAAGGUGCGGGCGCUGCAGACGGCCUACGAAGUGCUGAAGCAGAUGGAGAGCAGGAAGGUGGUGCUGCCAGACGAGGUCUGCUACCGCAGUCUCAUGCAGCUGUGCGGGCAGUACGGCGAGCCGGUGCUCUCUGUCCGCGUCCUGCUCGAGAUGAAACGGGCUGGCAUCGUGCCCAACACCGUCACCUACGGCUACUACAACAAGGCCGUGCUGGAGAGCAAGUGGCCCUCGGGCACCCAGGGCGGGCGGCUGCGCUGGGCCAAGCUGCGCAACGUGGUGUUGGGCACCGCCCAGUUCCGGCAGCCCCUGCGGCAGCGGCAGCUGGAGAGCGAGGCCCACGGCAGCACCCUGCCAGAGAACCAGGGCCCCCAGCCCCGCCCCAGCCUUCAGCGCCAGACCACGUGGGCUGGGCGCAGCCUGCGUGAGCCCUCGCCAGGCCGCCAGCUGGCGAAGAGCAACAGCGGCACCUUCCCCCGCAGCGAAACCUCCGCCGUGGAGACCGGCGUGGCCCAGAUGAUCAAGGCCCUGGGGGUGCUGGAGCCUGGCAGCGACUCGUUCGUCGCCCUCCCCCCCGGGCUGCGCCAGCUCCUGGACGGGCCCGGCAGCUCGGAGGACGGGAGCCUGUCUGACCUCAGCUUCCAGACGGACGAGAGCGACCGGCCGGCCCUGGACAGCGCUGAGGUGCAGCUGAGCCUGGGGCCGGGCGCCCGGGGCUCCAAGCUGGGCCGGCGCGACGAGAACCAGAACAGCCUGGGGGGGACGCCGCGCCGGGGGCUGGCCGCCAAGCUGCAGCAGCUGCUAUCCCCAGCCAAGCGCCCCUCCCUGCGCCACACCGCCAGCGUGGAGCAGCCCAGCACCCGGUGGGACGCUGGCUCCCUGCGCCGGGCCUCGGAGCAGACAGAGCCCCCGCCGCGCAAGAGCCCCGUGGAGAGCCUGCUGCACCCCCACGAGCGCCCCGACUCCACCGCCUCAGAGAGCUCCGUCUCCCUGGGCAGCGAGUUUGACCUGUCGGACACGUCGCUUGGCAGCUUUAGCCUGCGCAAGUCGUCGGACCCGCUGCCCGAGGCCUUGGCCGGGCCGGAGCUGCCCCCUGUGGAGAUCCGGCUCUCCAGCUGCUCGCGGUGCCAGGCGUGCGGCUCCCUGGUGCACGACGAGGAGGUGAUGGCCGGCUGGACGCCCGACGACUCCAACCUCAACACCAGCUGCCCCUUCUGCGCCCGCCCCUUCGUGCCCUUGCUCAGCAUCGAGAUCCAGGACUUCCAGCAGCCCCCCAGCCCCUCGGAGUCUCCCCAGAGCCGCGGGGAGCAGCCACCAGCUGCCCGAGGGCCGGUGCUCAGCGACCGCUCCCAGUGCCUGGCUCUGGACGAGGCCGAGCCGCAGCCAGGGGACCCCCCGUCGCUCUGCAACGGCUGCGUGGACUCGGGGCCCAGGGGCCCUGCCCCACGCUCGGAGCUCGUGACCUUCGCCUACCUGAGCCCCCUGGUGCUGCGCAAGGAGCUGGAGAGCCUGCUGGAGAACGAGGGCAGCGAGUUCCUGGCCCAGCCAGAGCUGGUGGACAGCCAUCCCAUAAUAUACUGGAACCUGGUCUGGUAUUUCCAGCGCCUCGGCCUGCCCAGCAACCUGCUGCAGCUGGUGCUGGCCUCCCAGCACGUCAGGCCCACGCCCCAGGUCCAGCCCCUGGAGGCCCCCCCGGUGUGCGUACGCCUGCUGUGGGAUGUCCUGACCCCAGACCCCAACAGCUGCCCCCCCCUCUAUGUGCUUUGGAGGAUCCACAGGAACAGUGCUGCCCGGCUGCAGUCCUGGCGCCAUCCCAGCAGCCCCUUCUCGCUGGCGUUCUUGGAGGCCGUGCUGAGCCAUGUGGGGCUGGGCGAGAUGCAUAAGGCCAUCGCCCUCUUCCUGCAGACCCUGGCUGUGGAGCCCAGCCCCCCGCCCCUGCAGAGGAGCAUUUACCGGGAGAUCCUCUUCCUCAUGCUGGCUGCACUGGGCAGGGACCACGUCAGCAUUGCCGCCUUCGACAAGAAGUACAAAGCCGCCUACGCCAAGGUGGCCAGCAGCCUGGGCAAGGAGGAGGUGACACGGCGGCGGGCACAGCCACCCAGCUCCAAGGCCAUCGACUGCCGCCGGAGCUUCGGCGCUACCCUGGAGUGCUAAUGCCAGGCCGCCCGGGAGCCCAGGACCCCUCCCCCCAGGAAGGAAUUUGGGGACCGAACUGGGUCUCACGGGGGGGGGGGAGGAGCGAGCAGCUCCACGGCAGGCGGGGGGCAGGGCAUAGCUGAUACCAAACCAUGUGCCACCCCCACCUACCCCGGGGGUUCUUCCGGGAGCCGGGGGGCAGCACUUGGUGCCCGCUGAGCCGAGGCAGUCAGGUGGGACCUGGAGAGCCCCCUGCUGCCCCCGGCACUUCAGCCAGUCCUGCCCCUGGGGGCCGUAGCUCUACGCUGCCCCCCCCGCCCCGCGGGCUGGGAGGAGAAGCAGGGGCAGCUGCUGCCCAGCCAUAGGGCAAAGAAGUGGGGGGCUGGUCGGGCAGGGCCGAGAUCCUGCUCUGGGCAUAGCCCAGCCCCUCCUGUGCCGACUGGACUGGGGUCUUUGAUGGCCCUGCUGACGGCAGCUCUCAGCGGCUGCCCGUGCUGGAGAGAUGGGAGGGGCCCCAGGAGCCACGGGUAUGUCUGGGGGGUCGGCACUGCUCAGCCCGCCUGGUGGCUCCCCCCAGACCCCGGUGCUGUUUGGAGCCAGACACUGGUAGUGAACCGGCCCCGCGGACGGGUGAGCAUCCGUCCAGCCCACGGCUCCUGCAUCCCCAGAGCUCUCUCUGUUUUUGGACACUGUCUUUGGGGGGUCCCCCGGGGCACGGCCCCUCCUCCAGGGCAGUUGGUGGUUGGUUUUUUUUAACGUCAGUGUUAAUAUAUUUUGUAAUUUAUUUAUUCUCCCCGUGGCCACCGUUAGCUUGUGCUGUAACCGCUGUGCUGGUGAGCGAGUGCCAUGCAAGCCGGGCCCCACGACCCCCCGCGUGCCCCCUGCUGGACACCCUGGGCUGCCGUGGGGCUGGCUCAUUGUGCACUCUCCAUCUCACUCACUCCUGCCCGGGAAGCUGUUUCUCUCCCCCCUGUGGCUGGGAAAGGGGCAGUAGGCACUGAGGGGGAGGGGACGCUGGGGGCUCCCCAUACGCUGGUGCCUGUGCCCCCCUAUCUCUGGGGUUCAUACUGUGCAAUAUGGCGUCACUCCUCCCCGACCCCUUUGUUUCAUUUGGGUUUUUGUUGGGUCUGUAAAUAAAACCGCUUCAGUAUUUUCUCUGC